AUACCAGAUGAACAGAGACUAUUAAAUUAUAUUUUACGUGGGUAUGAGAAGUCAGUUCGUCCAGUAAGACAGGCUAAUACUGCUGUCUUAAUCAAGAUGGGGUUGACAUUAACACAGAUUUUCGACAUGGACGAGAAGAACCAAAUACUAGUCACCAACGUUUGGUUAGAUCAGGAAUGGACAGACGAAUUUUUAACGUGGGAUCCUAAAGAUUUUAAUAAUAUAACAACUAUUAGAAUACCAUGUCAUAAAAUAUGGUUACCAGAUAUAGUCCUUUAUAAUAAUGCUGCUGAAUAUACCGAUGGACUAAUGCCUGCUAAUGCCAUGGUUCAGAGUUCUGGAAAUAUUUUCUGGCCGGUUCCAACGAAAAUGCAAAGUUCGUGUAAAGUGGAUGUGACAUUCUUUCCAUUUGAUGCUCAGAUUUGUAAAAUGAAAUUUGGAUCAUGGACUUAUGAUGGAUUUCAAGUGGAUAUGACUAAUAGAACAAGUGAAGUGGAUUUAACUAAUUAUGUUAAUAACGGCGAAUGGCAAUUACUCAAUGUUAAAAUUGAGAGAAAUGUGGUUUAUUACGCUUGUUGUAAAGAACCGUUUCCGGAUGUAACGUUUACAAUAACCAUAAAGAGAAGAACUUUAUACUAUAUGUAUAAUGUAGUGUUUCCAUGUGUAAUGAUGUCAGCACUAACAUUAUUGGUGUUUUGUUUACCUCCCGAUAGUGGUGAAAAAAUAGCUCUUGGAAUAACUGUUCUUUUGGCUUUUUCUGUGUUUAUGUUGGCCGUGGCUGAAAACCUUCCAGAAACAUCAGAAUUUGUACCUUUAAUAAGUAUAUAUUUAACGAUCGUCAUGUUUUUAACAUCAGUGUCUGUUAUAAUGACUGUAUUUGUGUUAAAUCUUCACCAUAGAGGACCAGAUAAACGUUCAGUUCCACGUUGGUUACGUAAAUUAUUCCUUGGA